AUGACUGGCCGUGGAAAGGGUGGAAAGGGUUUGGGAAAGGGAGGAGCAAAGCGUCAUAGAAAGGUUUUGCGUGAUAACAUCCAAGGUAUUACCAAACCAGCCAUUCGUCGUCUUGCUCGUCGUGGUGGUGUGAAGCGUAUUUCUGGAUUGAUCUACGAAGAAACACGAGGUGUAUUGAAGGUAUUCUUGGAAAAUGUUAUCCGAGAUGCUGUCACUUACACUGAGCAUGCCAAGAGGAAGACUGUAACUGCCAUGGAUGUAGUUUACGCUUUGAAGCGUCAAGGAAGAACCCUUUACGGUUUUGGUGGUUAAUUGGUGCUCUAUCGCUGCAUUUACAAAACAAACGGCCCUUUUCAGGGCCAUCAAAUCUCUCAAAUGUAUGGAAUUCUCUCUUUCAAAUUGUUUAUUAUAUUUUUAUUAUAAUCGAUGAAAUCGAUUUAUUUGAUGAAUAAAUUUUAUUAUUUUACUAUCUUCAA